AUGGACAUUCAGCAGUACCUCAUUCCCGAGCUUCCACAGGAGGAGUCUCCAGAUGGCUCGAACCACAUGAGCUUGUUUCCACAGAUGCCCCUGCAGGACUUGGAUUUCAAAUUGCAGAAUGUUCGGCAAUUCUUCCAUUUGGCCUGCAUUGCACCGGCACGAGACAGAGAUAACCUGAAGGAACUCGAAGCCAACUUCAGGGAAAGCGUGAAGACAGGCAACCUCCAGGAUCUUCAGGAGUUGAUCAACCCUUACCUACAACCACCAGAUAUCAGGAUCCUCCACAACAUCGAUUUCAUCCAGAACGAACUCUCUGGUGCGCCUGAGGAGAUCAGGGACUACUACCAGCAAUUGAUUCAGCGCAUCCAGCCAGGGCCUCAUGACCUUCGAGUCUCCCCAAACGCUCAAGAGUCAACAGACAGGAUCCUCGAGUACACAGGGACAUACAAGUCCCGAUAUGGCUCAGCCCGUCACUUUAUGAGGCGGCUGAGGCUGGUAUAUCGGAGGCUGAAGAAAUUCUGUGACUGUAGAGGCAGUUUGCAGCACCGUGAAAUGGAUCGCCUCGAAGAAGUUAAGGAACGUUGCCGGCACCCAGCUGUCGUCCUAGGGAAUGGCCUCCAGUACCUGCAGUCUAUCGGGACGAACAACCAACGCGUUGAUCUCAUCUCAGCCUUACCGGCUCUCAUGUUGGCGUAUAGCUUGAUCCAUCAGGUGCCAGGCCCAGUCAAAGAGCUGGAAGAGAUGUUCAACGGAGAUCUUGGCCGAUGGAAGACCAUCAGCAUCCAGAACCAACCUGACCUCCGCUUGUUCGAGGCGGUCGCAGGUGCUGCAUUUGCAGUCAAAUCUUUUCCCCAGGCUGCAGACAUGUACCAGCUCAACCUCAACAGCACUGCGCAACUGCAAUCUGUGGCUUUCGAUUUCAUCCUUCAAGCGUCCUCCGCCAUUCAAGAAAUGCACGCUGAAGGUCUGGACGUGGAUGCACCCCAAAGCACAAUGGAAAAUUCAGUUGGGGUUAGCGAAGAUCACAAAGCUCCAGACCAGCACGAUUCUGGCAUUAGCAUGUACACUCCCGUUGAAGACGGCAUGUACUCUCAGAUGCUAGGUGAGGACGACGACUAUUCCUCGGCUGAUGCCCACCUCGGGCCCGAAUCUCAGUGCUCCUAUGGCUUUGUCGACCUGUAA